AUCUACUGUCUUUAUCUUAACCGAAGGAAUAAUUUCCUUAUGACUGAACACAAACAUGACUUCUGCCUCAAACAAAGCAGACUCAAAACUUAAUUCUGUUUCCAAGUAUUUGUAGUAACUAAUCUUUCCUAGUCAUCUUACUGAAUCUGUGAGGACAGAUUAUUAAACUGUAGACAUGAUCUUUAAUUCAAAGAGAUAGUAAAAUUCAGUCACCUUGCAAGCAGUGGGUUACUCCUUAUCUAAGCAAACUGCUUCUGAGAUCCUAUGCUAUUAUGUCAUAUAUUUUACAGUUUUGAAAAUGCAGCUUUACUAUGCCUCAUUUGCACAAUAGGAUGCCAGUGUCUGGUUUAACUUUGACUGAUGUCCCUUGUGAGCCUGAAGAUCUGAAUCAUGUUCAGAAUGUAUAGCUGUUCUAGUACUGCUCCAUGUGGUACAGCAACUUUGCUGCUCUGUUGGGAGAGAAAAAAAUCUUGAUGGGAAAUAAGCCAACAAACUAUGGGAAAACAAGUUAAUUUAUCCUGUCAAUUUGUAUUGCAUUGCUACAAGGAGAUGAAGUAUAUGUAUCUGUUGCUUUUAUAUCUUCUGUACUUUUUGAUGUGCUAUCUGGAUAGCAACAGAAAAUUAAAGGCUUCUUUCACUGAAGUCAAAUACAGGAAACAGUCUAUCUUACCCAUUUUAUGGCAUACACUGUGAUUACCAGUAACUAGCUAAAACAGGCAGGGAAAGGCUACAAUAUGGUUUCUGUGGAAAUAAAAACAAAUUUUCAAAUUUAGUUUAUAAAAAGUCAUGAGCUGCUGACCUUGAGUAAAUAGGGAGCAUCUCUCUGGUUUGUCAGACAUCUACUCUGUGAUGUGUGUGAUGUUAGGUUAGCGAAAUAGUGUUAUCUAGAGGCUUUAGAACAGGUGUUUGAUCCUUAAUUAAAUGCAAUACUUUUUACUGAAAUGUUUAUAAUACAAAAUGAAGUCCAAUUCUCAAAAGCCUUGAACAACUAUGAGGAGUGUGGCUCUUGUUCUACAGAAGUAGCUUCCAGCAAGUUAUCUUCAGUUACUGUUGUCAGCCAAGCAACUGGCUGCCUUCCAUUGGCUUGGAAAAAAAUGGUGUUUUUUCCAGUACUGCUGAUAUUAAAUACCAGAGGCUUUGUAAGGUGUGACAAUUAUUAUCUUGGUACCAAAUACUUCAACUGGAGAAAUGCUUUGGAAUAUCUUUAAACGUUUUAGCUCUCUUAUACCAUUGCUUUUAAGGUGUCUGGUACCAUCAUAUGUAAGUGUGAAAUUGUUAGCUUCUGUCAUCAUGUGCCAUAAAAUUGGGGAAGAAAUGAAGUUAUGCAGCAUGAAGGUCAUCAAAACAAACUUUCUUGAUGCCUUGACAAAGGCAUCAUUAUGAAAUAGUGUACUGAGGUAGCAUGUCAUCUGACUUGCUUUAUUUUUAAGAGUCGGGGUGUAAGAUGUCCUUGGAUGACAUCCUAAUCAAAUGUAAUUUCCUGAGAGUCUUUGAAAGUGGUAUCAGUAUGUUAUGUGUGAUUUUUUUUUUUUUAACUUUAUCAUGAAUUAAAAAUUUUUUGAUGCUUUUUUCACAGACGGUUUUACGUGAGGAAGUCAUUCUUUGUUGUCUUUGGGUUCAAGUAGCCAGCCAUGCUCUUAAAAUGGCUAGAGGAGAUGAUGGCUUACAGUCGUCUGAGUUUCAUCAGAGAUGCUUGCAUAUUGCUUUUUUCUCUAAAACUAAAUAGAGACAAACUGUUUUGGAAAAACGUUCUUGUUAAAGCUCAGAGAUAGCUUCAUAGUUCAGGGUUUUCUGAACGCGUAGAACUUGAAAAAGGUAAGGAAAUAGAUUUGCCAUGACCGUUGCAAUUAAACUGUGUUGCUGACAAGGUAUUAGACCGCUAUGAUAGUGGUAAUCAAGGAACCAGGAAGACUUGGAAAUAAUAUUUUGUGUGUAAACUUAAGCGUGGAGUCUUUUAGUUAGCUACUCAAUAGGUAGCUAAUCUGAUCUCUGUGAGCUUAUUCUUGCUAUAAUAAAUCAUGUUUAUUAUCUUUACUCUUACCCAACCCUCGAUCACAGAUGACGCAGUGGUGCAAUGAGGUUUUUAAUAAGAUUCAUGCAUGCAAACUCUCCAGUCUGUCUUGGGAUGCUUAGCAUUGGAUACUGCAGAGAAGAGGUCUUAGGUUCUUUUUAAUCACUGUCGUCUUGAUUCCAGCUCCAAUACCAGUACAUUCCCCUCAAAGAAGCACUAGAAAUCAUGCCUUGCUGGAGGCUGCAGGACCAAGCCAUGUGGCAAUUAAUGCCAUCUCUGCCAACAUGGACUCUUUUUCUAGCAGUCGGACAGCUGCCCUUAAGAAGCAGCCAAGUCACAUGGAAGCUGCUCAUUUUGGAGACUUAGGCAGAUCGUGUCUGAAUUAUCAGGCCCAAGAGACCAAAUCAAGCCUUUCAAAGACCCUUGAGCAAGUUUUGCAGGACAAUGUAGCCCUCCCUUAUUUUAUCCAGUUUAUGGAACUACGUAGAAUGGAACACUUGGUUAAAUUUUGGUUAGAGGCCGAAAGCUUUCACUCCACAACGUGGUCCCGCAUAAGAGCACAUAGCCUGAACACAGUUAAGCAGAGUUCAUUGGCAGAGCCAGUGUCACCCUCAAAACAGCAGGAAAUCACGUCGUCUUCUCCACUUGGAUUGCUUGAAGAGAGACUGGAGGAUUCUCGCACAGUCCAUCUGCUCAGGACCAAGUCGGUGGCUCCAGACGAGAGCGACAGAACUAGCAACAGCCAGAACCACGUGCUGUCAGGUCAGGAGAGUGAUAAUGCCAGUGUUCUUUGCCUGAGAAAAUCUGAGACAGGGACCCAUUCUGUUCCAGCUGAUCAGCAAGAAUCUUCCAAGCUUACAGUAUCAAAUAGAAACAGCCCCUCCUCUGCACUAAAGGACUUGUCAGGAAAACUAAUGAAAAGUAUAGAACGGGAUGCGGUUAGUACUUUUACCAAAUAUAUUUCUCCAGAUGCUGCUAAACCAAUACCAAUUACGGAGGCAAUGCGAAAUGAUAUAGUUGCAAAGAUUUGUGGGGAAGAUGGACAAGUGGACCCUAACUGUUUUGUUACAGCGCAGUCAAUAGUGUUUAGUGCAAUGGAACAAGAGCACUUUAGUGAAUUUUUGCGAAGUCAUCAUUUCUGUAAAUAUCAGAUUGAGGUGCUGACUAGCGGGACUGUUUAUCUGGCUGACAUACUUUUCUGUGAAUCGGCCCUGUUUUAUUUCUCCGAGUACAUGGAAAAGGAAGACGCAGUUAACGUAUUGCAGUUCUGGUUGGCAGCAGAUAACUUCCAGUCUCAACUUGCUGCCAAAGAAGGCCAAUAUGAUGGGCAAGAGGCACAGAACGAUGCUAUGAUCUUAUAUGACAAAUACUUCUCCCUUCAAGCCACGCAUCCUCUUGGGUUUGAUGACUCUGUGAGGCUAGAGAUUGAAUCCAACAUCUGCAGGGAAGGUGGUCCCCUCCCUAACUGUUUCACUACUCCCUUACGGCAGGCCUGGACCACCAUGGAGACGGUUUUUUUACCUGGUUUCUUGUCCAGUAACCUUUAUUACAAAUACUUGAAUGAUCUCAUCCAUUCAGUACGAGGAGAUGAAUUUCCAGGAGGGAAUAUUGCACUGAGUAUUCAAGGCCCCAGUAGCUCUCCUGAUAGCGAUUCCCAGAUAGGAGGCCCUGAUGGCUCUACUUCCCAGUCCAAUGUCAAAAAGGCUAAUGUUAAAAUCCUGAAAAAUUUUGAUGAAGCAAUAAUUGUAGAUGCUGCAAGUCUGGAUCCAGAAUCUUUAUAUCAACGAACAUAUGCAGGGAAGAUGACAUUUGGACGAGUCAGUGAUCUGGGACAGUUCAUCAGAGAGUCUGAACCAGAGCCUGAUGUCAAGAAAUCAAAAGGGUCCAUGUUUUCACAAGCAAUGAAGAAAUGGGUUCAAGGAAACACGGAUGAGGCUCAAGAAGAGAUGGCUUGGAGGAUAGCAAAGAUGAUAGUCAAUGACGUUAUGCAGCAGGCACAAUGUGAGCAGCAUUUGGAGAAAGUUACAAAGGUAAGAGGGUAGGAAGCCUGUGUGCCUUUAUUGUCUGACUUUGGCUGAACUGUGGGAGGAGCAGAGCUUUUGCUUGUUUUCCUGCUGCAUCUGAAACCCACGCUACAGUAUGAGUUCAGACUGUAGUAGCGUGGCAGGAUUUCCAGAAGGGUUGGAAGCGUUUCAGCCUGUGUGAUAGGAAGUUCCUGAGAGAUACCUGUAGUGGUGCACCUGUACGAGACUUAAAAUUGGCUUUGUUCCUUUACAGUCCUUAUAAGCUGCCUUAUUAGUUAAAAGGGUGAUUUAUAGUGCAGGAUCAAUACUGUAAUUUCUUAUUUGAGUUUACCCUUGCUAUUUCAUGUUAAUAAAUGCUAGUAUAUUUGCCUGAAGUCACACUAAAACUUACUUAAGAGCUAGAAAGUUGUCUUGUUGGGUGCGCUAAAUUUACACUGUGCUAUGUCUAUACUGUUAAAAAAAAAAAAAAAAAAAAGUAGCCCUGUUGAUAGGCUGGCACUUUAGCAUUAUACAUUGAUGCUUAGUGACUUUGCUGUUGUAAAAGUCUGUGUUCUGUGUUACAAAACAGUUGUGAUGCAAUAGUUACAUUUUGUGAAGUAAUGAAGACAGCAGUUUACCAAGUUAAUAUCUGGUACUUGCAGCUUUCAGACGUCUCUAACAUCAAUUACAAAAAAGAAAAAAAGAAACUUGCACUUUUUCAAUUAAUGAAAGUAAACAUGUACCAAAACCCAGUGAUAGGCCUGGGCUAAUGGGUCCAUAAUUUCACUAUGUGACUGUUUUCCUUUCCCCAGAGCAGUUAUAUUUAAAAGACUUGUAUGAUAAUUUCGCUUAAUAGCUUGACUGCAAAUGAUAUAAUUCCAGCCUGGCUGGUUGAAAAGGUCACUCAGCACAGUAUUUAGAAAUAUCAAGUGGUUGCACGUGCUCUGGAUUCAAUUAAGCAAGUAUAAUUACAGUAAUGGAAAGGUUGAGGUUUGUUGUGUGGGGUGUGUGGCUUUGAGGGGUUCUCCCCCUCCCAAACUCAUCAGCUUACCUGGCCUCAACGUUGGCAAACACAAAAUGUCUUUCUACUGAGCGGUUGCCUUGUGUGUUGUAGGGUGAAAUGAACUCUAACCCUAUUUUUCCC